AUGUCGUCCCUUCCAUACCCAUCGGUGGAGAGUUACAAGAUUCCUCGGGAGUCUGUUGAUGUCGAGGCCAUUGCCCAGAAAUGUGCCUGGUACCUCCAGGCCACUGGAGAGGACACCGAGUACCUCAGCUACGACCCCACUCGUCGCGACAAGCUCAUCGCGGAACUCUAUGAAAGACCUGACGUCGCACCCAACUUCGGCGCGGAGAAUCUCGUGCCAUUUGGUAGCGAUCCUGAUGUGUAUCUCAAGUUCGCCGAUGGUGAGAUCGAAAGGCUGACGCCGCCGCAGUCAUUUAAGGACCGUAUCAUGCGUCUUCAUUUUGCCUUUGCAGCUCUCAUGGUCUUCAACCAUUACAAGUUCAAGUACGGACUGCUCGAUCAUCACGAUCUGCGUCUCAAAGUUAUGGAACGGCAAACCCAGCUUAUGAAGGAAUGGUAUGACACGGUAUUUUGCCGCCUCUUUCCGGACCGUGUUAAACCCAAAUCCGCUCCCUCAAACGCGCUGACUACUUCACGUUCCCGCCCGGUCCCCAUCAAUCCUCCUGCUACUGGUGGACGUACCGUUUCAGCGCGAUUCGUGGACGCGGACGACGUCAAGCAGUUCUUGAACAAUCCUCAUACGCUUGUCGGAAAGCGAUUUAUUCAUAUGCCCCCUGUCGACCAAGACCAGGAUUAUCGUGGCACUUGGCAAGUAGAUUCGUACACUGUGCGCAGGGUUGAUAUGGAUGUGGAGCAUGAGUACCUGUGCCUACUCGAGGCAUUCGGAGAUAGCCCUGUCCCAAUGGGCCCAGAGGAAGUUGGAUACCUCCUUCGAUACUCUCAAGUCCAGGCGACUUUGUGA